AUAUCCGCUGCUUCACCCGGCCUUGUGAUCAGCCGAGCUGUAAACACGAUUUUGUAAUGUUGUGAAGAUUUAGAGUUAUUGAGUUGCUUAGGUGCUGAUAUUUGAACUCAGAUGCCACCGAAAUAGUAGGUUGAAGAUCUGGGCUGCUCAUGGUCUUUCUCUUAAUGUGAUUCGACCCUCUGGCUUGAAGAUGGCCAGUCAGUUCCGCAGUUACAUUUGGGAUCCGGUGCUUAUCAUUUCCCAGAUCAUCCUGAUGCAGUGCAUCUACUACAGUUUCCUAGGGCUGUGGUUAGCCGGCGUGGAUGGUCUUGUACACACCAACAGAUCUCUAGAUCAGAUAUUCAGUUAUGAAGUCCUGGGUUUUUCAACGACACAAGGGCGACUCUCUAUGAUGGCGUUCAUUCUGAACUCUCUCACAUGUGCUCUGGGCUUGUGGUUAUUCAUCCGCCGAGGAAAGCAGUGUUUGGACUUUACAGUCACAGUGCAUUUUUUCCACAUGAUCGGCUGCUGGAUCUAUAAUUCCCACCUGCCAGCUGCUCUGUCGUGGUGGCUUGUUAACGUAGCCUGCAUUGCCCUGAUGGCAGUCAUUGGCGAGUACCUGUGCAUGCGGACAGAACUUAGGGCCAUUCCUGUGAAUAGUGGCCCCAAAUCCAACUUAUGAGAAUCUCUCUUAUGGAUAGACAACAAAUUCAGAGCAGCCUUGGGCUGUAAAUAAGCAGGCAGACAAGAUUUAAUCACUUGGCAUGUUGAGCUGUGUUGCAGUGUUAACUUUUUAUACCACUGGCGAUGGUGUUUGCAAAUAGGGGCCAUGUAUUGACUGAAAACGGACACUUAUUUGGAGAUAUCUCAGUUUUGUCUUUUUUUUAAAAUAAUUAUAUAUAAAGUUAUUUUGGCUAAGUUAAUGUUUCUCAUGCUUGAACUCCCAGAAUCAAAAUAAUACGUAACUGAAUCAUGAGAGAAACUGUUUCGUGGCACUUUUUUAAAUCUUGGAUUUUGAAAGACUUUUUGAAGCAUUUGAGGUUGUUGUGUGCAAACAGACACUGAAGAACAGAGCUGAUUCUUUAUUGGAAAAUAAAUAUGUUUUGUAUUUGUCCUACUGAUCAUUUUAGUUUACCAUUUAAUAAAAAAAUCCUGAGACUCAUCUAGCAGUUAUAUAACAUAGCUGAAUGAUGAGAUUUUUUUUCUGUGUUACAUGUGUAUACUUUAUUCUGUAUGUUUGUCCUGUAUAUGAGUACAAAUAAAUGUUGUUGUUAUUGUAAGGAAUUGUUGCAACAUUAACAUAAAAUGUUAAGGAUCUUGAAAAAAAAAAUUAAUUAUUUGAAAUGUAAUGCUUGAAUUUUUCAGACUUAACCUUUUUACUUAUCAUUUGUCACAUACAGUAUAUUUGGAAAUAUUCUGUUCAUCUAUGUUAUUUCUUGGUGGGUAUGAGGGAAUAGAGGAAACAAAAUAAGAAGAAACAAUGUUUAUUUAAUUGCUUUAAUUAUUUUUCUUUGUGCUUUUUAAUCAUUGUAAAUUAGUUUAAAAAUAGUUUAAGCGUGUAGAAGAAUUGAAAGACCUCUUCUAUCCAUACCCCUACAAGCUCAGCGGGUCUUUGUUGGUUUAUGUGACCUGUUUUUACAUUUGUAUGAUUAUUACCAUCUGUAUGCAUUACCACCGUAUAUACUGCUUAUAAUACUUAAGUACUGUGUGAGACUAACUUUGAAGCUCCUAUCGGAUACACGUUUGGCCAGACGAAAGACAUUUUCAUUGUGAACAGAUGCACUAUUGGCUAAGAGACUCUCAUGUACAAUGCAUCAUUAAUCUUUAGAGAAUUGCCAAACAUGAUUUGGUAUACCAGAACUAUUUGCAGUUUUCUGUGAUAAAUUUUAAUUUAAUGUAAUCACAGUAAAUAGCAUUAAUGUUUGUUUAAACUAAUAUUUGCUUAAUUUAUGUUUUUACUGCAAUAUAUUUAAUUUAGAAUAUAAUCAAUUAAUUUAUUUUGUAACUAUUGAUUUUUUUUAAUUAUUGGAUUAUAAUAUUUUUUAUUAUUAAAAUCAUAUUUGUAAAAUUAUUAUUUUAUUAUAAACUAUGAUGUGUGAGUAUUAUAGUAAAAAAAAAAAAAACACCAGUUAAGCAAUUGCAAGCAAAAUUUCAGUGGUUUCACUGAAGACUGGUGAACAGGUAACAUGUUCUGAAGUGUCAAAAUGUGAUAGC